AUGGGGCAUAGCGCGAGGAAGAAGAAGAAGAAGGGCGGCGCCGGGCGCAAGGCGGCCAAGGACCACGCCGCGCAGCUCGAGGGCGACCAGACCGCGCUCACGGACGAGCUCACGGCGCUGGCUGCAAUUUUUCUCGAGGACUUCAAAAUAACUUCACAAUCACCUCACACCCGAUUUAGCAUAUGUAUCAGGCCUUACUCUGAUGGCAUGGGCUUUGGAGAUUUAAAUGUUUCGGCUAUUCUUGACGUAAUUUGCUUUGCUGGUUACCCCCACAAGUGCCCAAAGUUGCGAAUCAUACCUGAGAAAAACUUGUGUAAAGAAGAUGCUGAUCGGCUACUUUCCCUUCUUUCUGACCAGGCAAACAUUUAUUCCCGAGAAGGGCGUGUUAUGAUUUUUGAUUUGGUAGAGGCUGCUCAAGAAUUCCUGUCAGCAAUUGCUCCAGCUACUGAUUCAACGACUACUGCUCCUCACUUAGGUUCAAAUACAAUACAGGAAGCAACUGACGCAGAUGUGAAAGCUAGCCUUGAUGGCGGUCCUUACCCUGGAAUCUUUUACAUCUAUAACUCAUUCGAUUUGUAUAAUCAACUAUAUGAUGAUAAUAGUUGGCAAAGGCAAGGUUUCGAUCCUACAACUGAUAAUGCCAAGAAAAAUAUUGGAUCUCAAGUCAAUUCAAAUGUUAGAAGCAAGAGGAAAACAGUCAAUGAGAAAUCCCGUUUUUCAGCCGAUAAGGUCAACGCUGCAAAAAAUUCAUCUCAGGAUAAUGGUGAACAGCAGCAUGCCAUGAAGCAUGGUGUUGUACGAGAGGUAGUUCCAAGUUUACCUGUUGUUGCAGAGGAAACUGAUAAUGACAGCAAAACUUUGUCCACAAGCAACAGAGGAGGUAUGGCAGAUACUCCAGAGAGGAGUUUCAGCAGUGUACAUGAAUCCGAGGACUCUGACCUUGCAGAUGAAGGUUGGAAUGAUGAAGAUUCUGCCCCAGACUCUGGCUCUUCAAAUGCACCAUCUCAUGUUUCAGACAUGUAUGAUGAUGCUUCGCAAAAUAAGAGAAGGGAUUUAAUUCUGGUACACUUGCUUCGGUUAGCCUGUGCAUCAAAGGAUUCUCUUUCAGCUGCUUUGCCAGUAAUAUCAUCGGAGUUAUGCAACAUAGGGGUUCUUUCUGAAUGGGCUAAGCAAUUAAUUUCUGAAUCUCCUGCUGUUUUUGGGGAAACUUUUGAUCAUGUUUUUGGGCAACAAAUGAUAUCUUCAGAGUGCUCUCUAUUUUGGAGGGCUGACAAUUCAUCGUCUAGGCCAAACUCCCGUUAUUUGAAUGAUUUCGAAGAGCUCCGUUCACUUGGUCAGGGGGGCUUUGGCCGUGUGGCAUUGUGUAAAAACAAGCUCGAUGGACGCCAAUAUGCUGUAAAGAAGAUACGCCUCAAGGAUAGAAGUCCUCAAGUGAAUGAAAAGAUUCUGAGAGAAGUUGCCACACUUUCACGAUUGCAGCAUCAGCAUGUUGUUCGUUACUACCAGGCAUGGGUUGAAACUGAAUAUGGUCAACAUAAUGUUGUGAACACUGGGGGGUCACGCACUGCUGAGAGCUCUAUGUACAGUUUCGACGAGAUCAGCUUGUCAGAUUCAGGUGCUGGAAAUAAGCAGGAAUGCACAUACUUGUACAUCCAAAUGGAGUAUUGUCCUAGAACCCUGCGACAGGACUUUGAGACAUAUAGUUCAUCUUUCAAUGUCGACCAUGCAUGGCACCUAUUUCGACAAAUCGUGGAAGGCCUAGCACAUGUUCAUAGUCAAGGCAUCAUACACCGGGACUUGACACCUAGCAACAUAUUUUUUGAUGUGCGCAACGACAUCAAAAUUGGAGAUUUUGGUCUUGCCAAAUUUCUAAAGCUGGAGCAGCUGGAUCAUGACCAAUAUAUUCCUACUGAAGGAAUGGGUGUUUCAAUGGAUGGAACAGGUCAAGUAGGCACCUAUUUUUAUACUGCACCAGAGGUAGAACAGAAGUGGCCACAGAUAAACGAAAAGGUUGACAUGUACAGUGCGGGUGUUAUAUUCUUUGAGCUUUGGCAUCCAUUUUCAACAGCAAUGGAAAGACAUCUUGUUCUCACUGAUCUUAAACAGAAAGGCGAGUCUCCAGUAUCAUGGUCAACACAAUAUCCUGGUCAAUCAAAUCUAUUAAGACGCUUACUAUGCCCAAGCCCGUCCGAACGUCCAUCUGCGAUUGAGCUUUUGCAAAAUGACUUGCCUCCUCGGAUGGAGGACGAGUGGUUAAAUGAUGUACUUAGAAUGAUACAGACACCUGAAGACACUUACGUUUAUGAUCGAGUUAUAUCUACAAUAUUUAAUGAAGAUCGACUGGUCGCCAAAAUGCAAUGUCAGCAUGAAAGCAGUAAAAAAACCACUUAUAAAAAUGAUAACAGUGAACUCUUGGAUUCCAUUAUUGAGGUUAGCAAAGAGGUUUUUAAGCGACAUUGUGCUAAAAGGUUCCAGAUAUCACCCUUGCAUACAUUGGAUGGAAAAUUUACUGAAAAUAGUGGAAAGACAGUGAAGAUCCUAACACAAGGAGGAGAGAUGCUAGAACUUUGCUAUGAGCUGCGAACACCAUUUGUUAUGAACGUUGCUGCUAACCAGUUAUCAUCAUGUAAGCGUUAUGAAAUAUCAUGGGUUCACAGAAGAGCAGUUGGCCAUUCAACUCCUUAUCGUUUUCUUCAGGGUGAUUUUGACAUCAUUGGAGGUUCUUCACCAAUAACACAUGCCGAAGUUAUCAAGGUAGCUUUGGACCUUGUGAGACGUUUUUACAAUUCGAAGGCAAUAGUUAUUCGGCUGAAUCAUAGCAAACUCGCUGAAGCAGUUUGUUCCUGGGCAGGAGUUCCUCAGGAACGAAGACAGAAUGUUGCUGAGUUUCUAUCUUCUACUCUUGUUCAAUAUUGCCCAAAUAAGGCGGAUCGUAAGUCACAGUGGAGUUUGAUUCGAGGGCAACUAUUACAGGAUCUUCGUCUUUCUGAAGAAGUUGUUGAGAAGCUGCAUAAAGCAGAUCAGCGGUUUUGUGGAUCUGCAGAUCUAGUACUUGCUAGAUUAAGAGGGACCCUUUUCUAUGAUAAAUCUGCUUGCAAGGCUCUUGAUGAUCUCUCCACUUUCCUCAAAUGUUUGAGGGUAUGGUCAGUUGAAGAACAUAUUGCUAUUGAUGUACUUAUGCCUCCUUCAGACUAUUACUACACGGAUCUGUUUUUUCAGAUCUACUCAAAAGAAGGUAGUCCUGCGUCGAGUUCCCAUGAAAAGCUGCUUGCUGUUGGCGGGCGAUAUGAUAUGUUGAUGGAAAAUGCUUGGGAUAAGACACAUGUAAAAACCAAACCCCCGGGUGCUGUUGGUGUGAGCAUUGCACUUGAGAAAUUCCUUCCUAAUAAUCCUUCAUCUGACGUUGGGUUGCCAAGGAUUGAAAAUAGCAUCAGUGUACUUGUAUGUUCAAAGGGUGGCGGCGGACUCUUAAACGAGCGCAUGGAACUUGUUGCAGAACUUUGGGAAGCUAACAUAAAGGCCCAGUUUGUUCCUCAGGAAGACCCAAGUCUUCAAGAACAAUAUGAGUACGCCAGUGAUCAUGACAUCAAAUGCCUUGUGUUUAUCACUGAAGCAGGUCUUUCGCAAACAGAUCUUGUGAAGGUUAGACAUCUCGAUGCAAGAAAGGAGAAAGAUGUUGAAAAGGAAGAAAUUGUGAAGUUCCUGUCUGAAGCAAUAUCUUUACAGUUCAAAAAUCCUACAAUCUGGAGUUGA